AUGGCGGGAGAAGGGACACCAUGCAACUUCAGCUGCUUUCUACAAAAGUUCUCUACCGCGGCGCAAAAGAUAGAACAGAAAGUUACAGAAUCAGGAUACCACAACAUGAUUACAGGUGACGGAUCUCCAUCAGAUUUUGGCGAUUUCCGAGGUUGGCCCAAAAUACCUCAAAAUGCAGGUUUAGAUAAACCGGUGGUUCUGACACCCCAUCUUAUGAGGCAUGUAUAUACAGAUCCAAAGUUCAUCCUCAUCUUAAGAAAUCCAACUGACAGGUUAUAUUCCGACUACAUGAUGAAAACCGGACUGUCUGCUGAGGAUUUCCAUGAAGCCGUCAGUGACGAUAUUCGGAUCGAAGAGGCCUGCAUGAAGAACCAUACUGUGGAACAAUGUCUGUACAGCCUGGACAUAGCACGUAAAGUUCGGACUCGAAUUUAUUUUGGGUGCUAUUCGGUGUAUAUGCGACAAUGGCUGAAGGUGUUUCCGCGAGACCAAUUCCUGAUCUUGCGAACAGAAGACCACGAUAAUGAUCCAGAAGCACAGCUAAGCACAGUGUACAACUAUUUGAAACUAAAUUAUACUGAAGAGUGGCUGGCCUCCAUCACGCGUGUCCCUCAUCAAAAUGCCAGUAAGAAGAAGAAAAGAAUGGGACCCAUGCUUCAAAAGACCCGUAUCCUACUGGAUGGAUUUUACAGCAGAUAUAAUCAGGACUUGGCAGAUAUAUUGCAGGACAAGAUGUUUCUGUGGUUGACAUAA